UCCAAACCACCAAUUGAGGGGCACCUGAAUACGCAUCAAGUCCAGCACUGCCAUGCCGCCAGCCGUCGCCCUUGCGACAGGCAUGCUGGUUUCUUGAGGACCUAUGGUCAGCGAGUCAAGAGCGCACCUCUUCGGAUGCGGCCGGCGGUCAUGGACGAGAAGGUGGAUACUAUUGGCCCUGGCCCUGCCUGCCGCAAUCUGCGCGGUGGACGCGUCGGCCGUUGCUGCGGGCUUGAAGACCGUUCGGACCAGCAUUGAGGAACUGCGGCCGGACGUGCGCCUGGUGGCGGUGUCCAAGUUCAUUCCCAAGGAGCUGGUGCUGGCUGCCCACGACCUUGGCCAGGUCGAUUUCGGGGAGAACUAUGCUCAGGAGCUGCUGGAGAAGGCUGCAGCACUGCCAAGGAGCAUCAGAUGGCACUUCAUUGGCCGGCUUCAAUCGAACAAGGUGAAGAAGUUGGUGGCGGUGCCGAACCUCGUGGCCAUCGAGACGGUGGAUUCGCCCGGUUUAGCGGACAGGAUUGCCGCCGCAGCUGCAGACCGCAGCGAGCGCUUGGAUCUCUUGGUCCAGGUGGACACCAGCAAUGAAGCGACCAAAGGCGGCGUGCUGCCGGAGGAGGCGGCGUCUUUGGCGAGCCACAUCCACCACCUGGACGGCGUCCGCAUGGCCGGGCUGAUGACCAUCGGCGCCUUGGGGGAUCACAGCGCCUUCGACCGGCUCCGCGACACCCGCGAGACGGUGGCGCAGCAGCUGAAGGUGCCGCUGGACUCCCUGACCCUCAGCAUGGGCAUGUCCGGAGACUUCCAAGAGGCCAUCCGGCGUGGGGCCACGUCCGUGCGCGUGGGCUCCUCCAUCUUCGGCGCGCGGCCACUGCAACGCCCGGAAAAGAGCUAG